AUGGACGCGUCUCUGAUAUUGUCCGCACUUUGUGCAAUCUGCUUGGCUGUUCAAUUUCUGCGAACUCGCUAUCAUGGUGGUCUCAAUGUCAUACCCGGACCGUUCUCUGCAAGCUUCUGUAAUCUCUGGAAGAUCCUGGCUGUCUACAACGAGGACAUGCCACGGCGCAACAUAUCUGCACACCAGAAGUAUGGACCAGUUGUCCGAAUUGGCCCAAAGCACGUUUCAUUCUCAAGCCCCGAGGCACUCCAUAUCAUACAUGGAUCGAGACAGGCAUAUCCCAAAUCCGAUUUUUACAAGCCAACAGCAGCCCCGUUUGAAGGCAGCCCGCUGCUGAAUCUAUUUGCAGUGCGAGAUGUCAACUACCACUCUUCACUCAAAAAGGCGAUUGGUGGUCUAUACACGAAAGCUGCCGUACUUGACCUAGAAUCCAAAAUUGAUACUUGUGUGGAAAUGUUCACAAAUCAGCUGAGAAAUCGGACUCGGGGUGAUAGCCCGACCAAUGUGGAUAUGUCCCUAUGGGUCCAUCUCUUCUCGUUUGAUUGCCUCGGGGAGCUGAAUGUCUCCAAGACAUUCGGAUUUCUGGAUACCGGUAGAGAUUUCAAUGGAAUGAUUGAAGGCUCUGACAAGGUACUGAUCAAGACUGGAUUGUUCGGCCAAGCGCCUUUCCUCCAAGUGAUGCGAAGAUUAAUGGAGACCCGUUGGGGAGCGAAGAAGCUCAAUCCGGUACUACAGUACACCAUUACCGCAAUUCGGCAACGUCUCGAAAAGCCUACCCAGACCCGGGACAUGUUGAACAGUUUUAUAGAGCUCCGGCAAGCUCAACCGGACAAGCUUUCGAUUCGAGACAUCACAGGAUCAAUCUACAUCAACCUUAUGGCCGGCCACGACGUACUUGCUGUUACGCUCAGGGCCAUCUUAUACUAUGUUAGUCGGUCUCCUCGAGUCGAGGACAAGCUCCGUGCUGAGUUCGCGACCAUAGUAACGAAGUAUCGCCCCACGGAUGCAAUACCCUACACGGAGACCGUGAAGCUGCCUUAUCUAGGAGCCGUCAUCAACGAAUCCUUGCGUAUCCAUGGAAAUUUAGGUCUUAUCAACGAGCGUGUCACACCGCCAGAGGGUGCCCGGAUUGAUGGAUACCACAUGCCUGGCGGAACCAUCGUGGGAGUAAACCCAUGGGUCAUUCAUCGUAAUACCGAAAUCUUCGGAGAAGAUGUAGAGACGUUCCGACCCGAACGAUGGCUGGAUGGACCCGAAGACAGCAUUCAGGAGAUGAAGAGAAACUUGUUUUCGUUCGGCGCCGGCCCUCGUAUGUGCAUAGGGAAGAAUAUAGCUAUGAUGCAGAUUCACAAAUUCAUCACUGAGUUCUAUCGUCAUUUCACCGCUGAGCUUGCUGCACCGGAGAAAGAUUGGCACGUAAUCGGUAAUUGGGUCACCAAACAGACCGAAAUGGAUAUGUUGGUGACGCAGUCAAAACUAGGCAGCUUUGAACAGGGCUACUCCCUUGGAGCUUUCAAAGAGACUCAAGAAACUACGAAUCUCAACCUGUCAACCAUGUUUGAAUCGAUACAGCAACCUCUCUUUCCCGUUGGCCGUUCCAUCAUCGUGGAUUACAUUGCUACGGCCCUGACUUUGUUUCUCGUUUACUUGAUUCACACUCGUUAUUCUCAUGGGCUCAAUAAGAUUCCCGGCCCUUUCCUGGCCAGCAUCACAAGUCUCUGGAAAUGGGACAUAGUCCGCCGAGAGCAAAUGCCAUUUGUUAACACUCAACUUCACGAAAAGCAUGGUCCGCUGGUUAGAAUCGGGCCGAACCACAUAUCCGCCUCGAGCGCAGAGUCCAUACAGGUUGUGCAUCGAUCCAAGAGCGGAUUCACCAAGUCCGGUAUAUACGGAAUAUUGCAACCGCGAUUCGAAGGCACAGACCUGCACAAUGUCUUCUCGACCCAGGACGCCGAGUAUCAUGCAGCGUUAAAACGCACAAUGGGAUCCUUGUACACAAUCACGGCUGUUGCGGGCCUCGAGUUCCAUCUCGACGACUGCACCAAGCUCUUUAUCUCCAAGAUGAAUGAAAUAAUCGGCACCAAGGCGUCGGCGCCUGUUGAUCUUGCUGCUUGGCUCCAAUACUACGCCUUUGAUUCUCUAGGUGCCGUCAACUUCUCUCAGAUGCUAGGCUUCAUGGAGUCAGGCACCGAUGUUGACGGAAUCUGUCAUUUAGACCAUGACCAGAUGAUGUAUUUCGCGGUGUGGGGUCAGAUCACCACAAUCGAACGAGCCUGGGCCAAAGUCAAGGCUCUUGCAACCGGAACCAGGAAGGAGAACCCGCUGUUCAAUUUUGCUCUGGACCUCGUCCAAAAACGCGAGGCCAACCCGAUCGAGUCAACGGACAUGUUGAACCUUUUCUUGGCCUUGCACAAGUCUGUCCCUGAGAAGUUUACGAUUAGAGAUGUCAUUGCAGCAGCAUAUAUCAACGUGGUAACUGCCCACGACGUCGUCGCCAUCACGCUUCGAGCCGUGGUCUACUAUCUCGCCAAGAAUCCCGCCACGCAGAAGAAGCUGCAGCAGGAGAUUGAUGACGCAGAAACCGCAGGUAAACUGUCUCACCCGGCCAAGUACACCGAGAUCACACCGUUGAGAUACGUAUUAGCUGUAACGAACGAAGCUCUCCGGAUCCACCCAAGCACCGGCUUGAUUCUCGAACGCCGCUGCCCAAAGGGCGGUGUCACCCUACACGGACAGUAUAUCCCCGAAGGCACCAUCAUCGGAGUAAACUGCUGGGUGGUCAACCGCGACAAGGGGAUCUUCGGCCAGGACGCACAUGAGUUCCGGCCAGAGAGAUGGAUCGAUAGCGACCCCAAAGAUGUGACGAGGAUGAGAACGAACAUGUUCACGUUUGGAGCUGGAGCCAGAAAUUGCAUCGGCAAGAACCUCGCCAUGAUGCAGCUGACCAAGAUCGUUGUUGAGCUCUACCGAAACUUUGACAUUGGGUUGGCCAAUCCAGACAAGGACUGGACUGUCUCUGGCGGUUGGCUCACAAGACAGAGCGAGAUGGAUAUGGUGUUGAAGAAGAGGAAGUAA